CUGCAAUUUGCAGGCCAAAACCCUACACUAAAUAAGACAAACCAAUGAAAAUUCUUCAACCCCCAUUUUCAAUCACAGAAUCUCCAGUCCUUCUGAUGUCUUAAUCAUUAGGUUUUGACAUCAAAACUUUUUUGUUGAACUCUUCAAGAAAUUGUUUCUAUAAUAGAAUUGUACCUUUCUAACAUCCCUCCAUUAUGAAACCCAAGAGAGCUAUAUAUAUUCUAUCCCAAACCAAGCCACUGAAGCCACAAACAGAGAAUUUAAUACUCUUAUCUCUUCCUCCCUUCCUCUGCCUCUCUUCUUCAUCUGAAACGUCAAUGGAGUCUAUAAACUACGUCCCCCAUGGUGGCCUUGCUGCAGCACUAAAUGCCAACAUAUAUGGAAAUGGAACUCAAACCUUGGUCCUUUCCUAUGGCUAUGGUUUGGACCAAAAUGUUUGGCAGCUCCUCCUUCCUUACCUUGUUUGUUGCUUCAAGGUCCUGACUUUUGACUUGGCUUUCUCACCAAAUGUCAGCCCCGAUUUCUACAAACCAAGCAAGUACUCAACACUCCAUGGCUAUUCACAGGACCUGGUCAACCUUCUUGACGAGCUUCAACUCAAGAACACUGUCUACCUUGGUCACUCCAUGUCGGCCAUGAUUGGCUCCAUUGCUGCAACACAAAGACCGGACCUUUUCCAACACCUCAUCUUGCUCAGUGGCUCUCCAAGGGUAUCUUAAUGAUAGUGGUUACUUUGGGGGGUCUGAGAGGUCACAGCUCAACACCCUCUUCAACACGAUGGAGAAGAACUACUCGAACUGGGUUCACAACUUUGCGCCAGCAGCAGUUACCGUGAAUGACAAGGAAGCCAUAGCAGAGUUUGAGCAGAGCUUAGGAAGGAUGAACUCUAAGGUAGCUGUGGAUGUUGCCAAGGCAGUGUUUCUAGGGGACCUGAGAAGGGUUUUACCUAAAGUAACAGUGCCAUGCUCUGUGAUCCAAUCUAAAGAAGACUUAUUUGUCCCAGAGUUUGUGGGGCAUUACAUGAAGAAGAACCUUGGUGGCCCUGCAAAGCUGAAGUUCCUCAAGGCUCAGGGGCAUUUCCCACAGCUCAACGCUUACCGUUUGCUCCUCAAGGCUUUGAAGAAGUUGCAUUUGAUUAGUGGGAUUAAGAAAUGCAGUCCUUCAUUGUUGUGAGUUGGUGAGGGUUUGUUUUUCCUUUUUUCUUUAAAUUGAGGGAGGUGAUCACGGUCUAAUAAAGCUUUGAUAUAUUUGUGUUGCUCAAUGCCUUCUGCCCCAAUUUACUGCUGGAUUGAACAU